CAAACUGAGGACGACACUGGGGCAAACAUCUGUGGAUCUGGACACAGCUGGAGCGAGAGAGUAGGGGAGAGAGGAAGUAAGAAAGUGAGAGAGAGAGAGAGAGAGAGAGAGAGUGGGAGAGAGAGAGAGGGGUGUGAAUUCUCUCUUUGUGCAGAAAUAAAACUAGUUUAAGUGGAACGUCUGCUCCAGCUUUAAUCUUAUUAUAAGUUAGAGGAAGGAGAGAGAGCUUCAGAAAGUGAAGGCACGAGAGAAGAGCGGAGAGAGAAACUGUGGAGAGUGAGGAGGUAAAGAGAAGGGCUUUUUCUGUAUUUAGAAUACAUUGAAGCAGGUGUAGGAGAACGAGCAACCAACCAAACAUCACCAUCAGCUUCUGGAAACUGCCUCUGAAACUUCACCAUGGCUGUUCCCAUGGUGAUGAGGACCGUGACGACACUGAUGCUGGUCAUGACGCUUUUGGCUCAGUCUCUUGCAAUGAGUAACGAGCUGGAUUAUGGGAACUGGAACUACAGGGAAGGAGCGGAGAACGUAAACGUGGCUAAUGUAAGGAGUGUGACACGCGUGCUGGACGCUUGGGGGAAGCGCAUCUUUAACGAGAUCAAGACGCUGCUGCACUCGCAGCCCAGCACUCUACUUCCUGACUACUCAAGGGUCCGUCCUCUCUCCGAGUCUCUGAACGAUCUCUUCAGAGAAGUCUCACACUUACAGAGGCGCAUCACCGACCUCAACCAUCGCCUAGCAACCCUGGAGCCCUUCCUCCGUCGUCAUGGCUACCGUGAGGAUGGAGAAGAGGGGGCCGAGGGGGCUGAACCUGCCCCCCAGAGCAUGAGGGGGGCAGGCACCAGCCUGGCAAAGUACCCCCGACGCUACAGGGUUCGCGUGCUGCGGCCCGUCAACAGAGUGCCACAGACCCGGAGAGUGAGGGUGUAUAAGGACGAGAGCGGUAGAGUCGUAGCCAGAGAGAACGAGAGAUAGGUGCGAGAGGGGAGGGCAAACAAGAAUAGAAAGAAUAAGAGAGAGAGAGAGAGAGAGACAGUAAAAGAGUGUGAGUAAAUCUGAUACUAUAAACACUAUAAAUAUUGUAUUAAAUAUGGAAAACAUUGCUUAAUGUAUUAAAUAUGGUAUAACUUCUGCAGAAUAUUGUAUGUUAUGUUGAUGAUGAAUUAUGAAUGAUAUAUUUUACACAUAUAUAGCGAGUGAGUCAGAAAAAACAUGGCUUUUCUAGGCAGAAAUACUGUUUUUUUUUGGGUACUAGGCCUGUAAAAACAUUUCAGCUGUUAUUCCACACUUUAUCGACUUUUGUGAUAUUUUAUAUGAUUCAUGUUCACAUUUUAAAAAAUAUUUUAUUUCAGUUGGAAAUCCAAGAGUAAUUUUGUAACAAAUACAUUUUAGUGUACAUUUUAACUUUAAAAUUACAGCAAAAAUAUAUUUUAACAUAAAAUACUAAUUGUAAUAAUUCACUUUAAUUGUUACGUGAAAUUCUUUUUUUUUUCAUAUAAAUUUUAAUAUAUCCCUUGUGACACACAAUAAGUUCAGAUAUUUGUUUUUAUUUAAUAUGGAAUUUUUGUUUCAUCAGUGUAAUUGGACAGCUGAAAAAUGUAAUGUUUUUUUUUAUUAAUGUAUUUACAUAUACUCACCUAUAUAGCCUACCACAGUUUAUUCACGCCCCCUGUCUAUAUAAUUCAAACGUAUUUUUUUUGACACUGUAAAAGAUCAAAAGAUGUUCAUAAAAGAUGUAUCCUUAAUCAUUA